AUGGCUAGCCAGAACAACAGCACCGAUGCCCAAGCUGCUGCUGCUGCUGCCGCCGGUGCCUUUGACUUUAAACUUUACCGUUACACGCCAUCACUGCCAGCAGCCAUUGUGUUUGUGGUGGUCUUUGCGAUCCUCUCCUCCCUUCACGUUGCUCGCAUCCAACGGCACCGAUCGUAUUAUUUCACAGCGUUCACCGUCGGCGGAUUUUUUGAACUAAUCGGCUAUGCCGGUCGCAUAUGGUCUCACUUCGAUACGCUCUCGAUUGGUGGUUUCGUCAUUCAAGCGAUUCUGAUUCUCGUCGCGCCAGCCCUCUUUGCCGCCUCCAUUUACAUGAUCCUCGGACGUUUGAUUCGUACUCUACGAGCCGAAGAGCUCUCCCUGAUUCCCAUUGCAUGGGUCACCCGAGUCUUUGUCAUAAGCGAUGUCAUCUCGUUUUCCCUGCAGGCGGGCGGAGGUGGCAUCCAAGCCGCGGGCACCCGGGAGCUCUUUCAUAUUGGCGAAAAAAUCAUUAUUGCCGGACUCUUUGUUCAGAUUGUCGUGUUUGGGUUCUUCAUGGUCACGGCAGUCAUUUUCCAGUACCGCUUUGCGCGCUCUGCCAUUUUCGCAUCGGCGCCCGCGCCUGUCAACUGGAAACGCCACCUCAAUGUCUUGUACGCAGUCAGCGCCCUGAUCCUCGUCCGGAGCAUUUUCCGCGUCAUGGAGUAUCUGCAGGGCAACGACGGGUAUCUCAUCUCUCACGAAGUAUUUCUAUACGUGUUUGAUGCCUUGCUAAUGACUGCGGUAAUGGUCAUCUUUCUGGUCUGGUAUAUCGAUGACAUUGAGGUACGGCCAGGUAGUAAUGAAUUGGAGCUUUGUUCGGAAGAAUGA